GAAGUAGCCCAGAGGAGACAAAAUGUACAAGACUUUCGGUUGACGCAGCACGACAAGAUGCGCCGCAGCAAGGCGGCCAAAGAGUUGGCCAAGAAAGUGGGGGAGCAACACUGGCAGGGUGUUCAAGAGAACAAGUACAAGAUGAUGGAGAAGGAUCUUGACUUUGAGAAAGAAAUGAUAAACCGAACCCAUUUGCGGAUUGCUGCGGUUCGGAAUCACUACGAGCAAGACUGUGGUUUCAGGGAAAGCAGCGAGGAGGGGAUCGCAUGGUUCGAAAAGAACCUGCAGCGCAUUGGCAUUGAUACGUCGGAGCAUUCAGGAACCGAUAUUGCCACUAUAGAAGCAGCCACUCUCAAGGAGCUUUAUGAGAAGAUGAAUGACAAGCUUCCGACCAAGGCACAACUCAAGAUUGAGUCAGACAAACGUAUUGCCACAAUCCGCGAGACGAAGCAAGAGACUGACAUUGCACGGAAGGAACGCGCGCGACGCGAGCGUCGAGUGCAAGUGGAGCAGCAGCAAAUUGCGGCCGCAAUGGAAGCCAAAAAGAGGGAGGAGGAACUCCAAGCACAGCAGCUGCUGGAAGCCGACAGGAUCAAAGAGGAGCAAGCGGCGGCUGAAGAGAAGAAGCGCCGCAAAGAGGCACAAUGGGAGGAACGAGUGGCGAAGCACGUGGCCUACAAGGAGAAGCUUGAAGCAGAAUCCGAGGAGGCGUGGCAAAAGAUGGUAGAGAAGGCCAGAGAGGAAAGAGCCAUCAAAAUAAAGCUCCAAACCACCACCACCAAGUUCGAGGACCCGAAGGACGUCUCUUCGGAUGAGGAUAAGCCUGCUGUUGCUGCUCCUCCAGUCGAAAGAAAAAGGGGAAGCAUUGCGGCACACAUGGCCAGCAAAGAAAAGACCAGGGAGGAGUUGUCUGUGGAGGACAACUCUGCUUCUGCAGCUCCAGACAUAGAGAUUGCUGCUGCGGAGGAACUGAUGAGCUGCGUGAGGGAGCAGGUCAUGAUGGACUACCUUUUUGGCCGUGGGGAUUGGACCAACUACAUGCCAUCAGAGGAGGAGACUGGAACCACCCUUCGACGUGCCCUGAACAAUUUGGGCGAGAAUGCUGAGGCCCCCAUAGUUCCACGUCUUGGCAGCGUGGUGCAAUGGCUCUGCAAAUCCUCGCCCAGCUGUACACACCAGGCUCCAGCCGUGAGGAAACAGGCAGCCAAGUUGGAUGGCGAUGCUGAGGAGGUUGCCACGCUUAGACAGGAAAUCCAGAUCCAACGCCGAUUAAGUCACCAGAACAUUGUGCGCUUGCUUUAUGCUGCUGAAACCCCUCGAGAGGUACUCAAGAUCGAGCAUUUCGCUUCCGGCGGCGAUCUGCAUGCUGCCCUUGGUUGUAGGAGAAUGAUACCCGAGGUGCAGGCCGUCAGGCUGUGUGAACAGUUGCUCUGCGGUCUGAGAUAUCUCCACGAGGAUGAAUUCAUCCUCCAUGGAGAUUUGAAACCUCGCAAUAUUUUUCUGGUCCCUGCUGGAGACGCGAUGGUGGCCCAAUUGGGAGACUUUGGCUUUGCUCGAGAAUGUCCUCGCAAGGCACCGUUCCUGUGCCGCUUUGAAGGCAUACAAGGCUCCCAUGGAUACAUGGCACCCGAGAUCCUCGCUGAGGAGGCUUAUGGCUUUGGGGUUGACAUCUUUGCCCUAGGUGUCACCAUUUUCACCUUGCUGACUGGGUACGAACCCUUCUAUCCACCUUCCAAUGUCACAGCGCCCCUGGAAUUUGAUGAGUCCUCUUGGGAGGAUUUAAGCAAGGAGGCAGAAGGCUUCGUAACUGGGCUCUUGCAACAAAGACCCGAGGAACGAUUCACUGCUGCUGCCGCGCUAGCUCACGAUUGGUUUGCCCUUUUUGGAGACGAUGACCCUGUAGAGAAGCCGUCGUCCCCGCUUCAUAAGGACCUUUAUUUUCAUCCAUUAUCCAACGUCCGGGAGGCACUUGCUUCAGUGGAAUCCUGA